GUGAACACAAAUAAAAACAAAAUACAUUCAAUUAUUAAGUUGCUUUGAUUAGGUUUCUUUAAAAUAUCUCGUAUUUAACUUUAAUCGUUAGAUAUUUUGACAAUGGAAGCGGUCGAAGAUUUAGAUCAGAUUUUAAUUACUGCAGUAUGUGAGGAUGUAGCCUCGACAUCAACACCAAUUAAAGAUUCUGAGAAAAAAAAGAGAAAACGGCCGCAUGUAACAACAGCUUGGACACAGGAGAACAUCUUUAAAUUAAUUAACGCCAUUGAAGUUCAUUCAUGCAUAUGGGAAUAUUCUUCUAGCGACUAUAAAAAUCGCCAACAAAAGGACGAUGCAUGGAAGCAAAUUCAGGAAAAAAUAGUUGUUCACAGCAUGGAUGAAUGCAAGGCGAAAUGGAGCAAUAUUAAGAUCUCCUACAACAAUAUAAAAAAAAAAUAUGCAACUAAAUCUGGUCAAGGCGCAAUCGAAAAACCCCACUGGCCGUUCUGGUCUGCGAUGAAAUUUUAUUAUAAUCAUGACCGUGCUAAAACCACAACAUCAGAGUCAAAUCUGAGGUUGGACAGCGAAGUCGAUAUUUCAAACGAUGAUACUCAGACAUCCAGUGUUAAUGAAAAUGCAAGUACAUCGAGUAAUAAAUCGCCAGACGACAUUUUAGUGUCAGCAAUAAAAAUGCUUGAACAAAAAGAUGACAAAUGGACAGUUUUCGGGCAAUAUAUGGCAAUGCAGAUGAGGGAUAUUUCUGCACAGGACGAGCAAACAGCAAAUGAACUACAUGCGGAAAUUAUAAAGAAAACAAUGGAAACGCUGUUGGCUGUUAAUAAGACCAAAUAACAGAGUGAAAAUCUCCGAGCUAACCAACAUUUUUUAGAUGAUCGAUUUAUUUCCGAACAAAAAACCAUUUCGGUAAAUAUAUAGAAAAAAUUUCUCCCAUGUGUACCAACUAUGUAACUUUGGCAAUUUUUGGAGAUUCGCAUUAUUUCAACAGAUAUUUAUGUUAUCAGAAUUUUAGUUGCAAGGCUUUGAAUAUUAUUACGUAUAGGUGAUAUUACCUUCCGAUUGAUAUUUUUGCAGUCACAAAAACCGUGUUACAUGUCCGUAGAAAAGCACGAAACACUGUAAAAAUAUCAAUCGGAAUAUGAUAUAAUCACUUAUACAUAACUAUUCAAAAAACAAGGAAGAUCUGUCAAUUAAAC